UAUACGCAGAACCCAUAGCCAUAGGUACCGCCUCACUCGUUGGCCUACUCUGAAUGCCCAAUUGCUCACUCUGCCAGUCCUCUCUGCGUCCCCCAUACAUUCUGCUCAUAUUUCACCGUUUCUCUUCACUGUCCCUUUCACUCUUUGCCCAUCCAUUUGCUAUUUCUAGCCAUUCUCCUCCAUUGGCAGAUUCUAAGAGUGAAAAUGAAAACCCAGAUGUUGAAAAGCUCCUGUCAAACUUUCAUGUUUCUGGCUGCACUGCUUCUUCUUCCUCUGGAACUCUGUCAUGGCUCUUCAGUAGGGAAGGAGACUAGGACUUAUAUCGUUCACAUGGCUAUAUCACAAUUGCCCUCCCACUUCCUGGACCAUUCUAACUGGUAUGCUUCCUCCCUCAAAUCUGUCUCUGGAUCUGGGGAAGUUAUGUAUGUCUACAAGAAUGCUAUACAUGGAUUCUCAACCAGAAUUACGCCGGAGGAAGCUGAGGCCCUGGUAAAUCAGCCGGGGGUUCUGUCUGUGCUGCCGGAGACCAAGUACGAGCUUCACACCACCCGCACGCCAUUGUUUUUGGGCUUAGAUAAGAGCGCCGACUUCUUCCCGGCGUCGGAUGUGGCUAGUGAUGUUGUCGUGGGGGUGCUGGAUACAGGGGUAUGGCCGGAGAGUAAGAGCUUCUACGACGGCGGCCUUGGGCCGGUUCCGAGUUCAUGGAAGGGAGAGUGCGAAUCUGGGAAGAACUUCAAUGCUUCCUCCUGCAACAGAAAGCUGAUCGGCGCGAGAUCCUUCUACAAAGGCUACGAAUCCACUCUGGGUCCGAUUGACGAGUCCAAAGAGUCGAAAUCGCCCCGAGACGAAGACGGCCAUGGCACUCACACGGCUUCAACCGCCGCCGGAUCUCUAGUCUCCGGUGCUAACCUUUUGGGUUACGCCCCCGGAUCUGCUCGCGGAAUGGCCACACGCGCGCGAGUGGCGGCGUACAAAGUCUGCUGGGUGGGCGGUUGUUUCAGCUCCGACAUACUGGCGGCCAUGGACAAGGCAAUCGAGGACAACGUUAACGUCCUUUCGUUGUCCCUCGGCGGAGGCACCUCGGAUUACUACCGGGACAGCGUCGCCAUCGGAGCUUUCGCUGCAAUGGAGAAGGGAAUUCUCGUCUCCUGCUCUGCCGGAAACGCAGGCCCCCAUCAAUUUUCCGUGUCCAACUUGGCGCCGUGGAUUACAACUGUCGGUGCCGGAACAUUGGACCGCGAUUUCCCGGCGUUAGUCAGUCUAGGCAACGGGAAGAACUAUUCCGGCGUUUCACUGUAUAAAGGCGAUCUAUUGCCUAAUAAACUUCUUCCUUUGGUCUACGCCGGGAAUGUCAGCAAUGCUACCAACGGAAAUCUCUGUAUGAUGGGCACUUUGGAUCCUGAGAUGGUGAAGGGCAAAAUCGUGCUUUGCGACCGAGGAGUAAAUGCUAGGGUUCAGAAGGGUGUCGAGGUAAAAGCAGCCGGCGGUGCAGGGAUGGUGUUGGCGAACACCGCUGCGAAUGGGGAUGAGCUCGUGGCGGACGCCCACCUACUCCCGGCGGCCGCGGUGGGUCAGAAAAACGGAGAUGAAAUCAAGAGGUACUUGUCGUCAGAUUCCAAUCCAACGGCCACCAUUUUCUUCCAGGGAACAAAAGUGGGAAUAGAACCGUCCCCGGUGGUUGCGGCAUUCAGUUCGCGGGGCCCGAACUCGAUCACCCCUGAAAUACUCAAACCGGACAUCAUUGCACCCGGAGUCAACAUUUUAGCCGGGUGGACCGGCGCCGUGGGUCCGACCGGGUUACCCGUCGACACGAGACAUGUAGAUUUCAAUAUCAUAUCUGGCACGUCAAUGUCGUGUCCUCACGUGAGUGGAUUAGCCGCCCUCCUCAAGGGGGCCCACCCCGAGUGGAGCCCAGCGGCAAUCCGCUCGGCUCUUAUGACCACUGCUUACAGCUCCUACAAGAGCCGAGCGGGUCUAAUCGACGUGGCUACGGCAAAUCCAGCCACCCCUUUUGACUUCGGGGCGGGCCACGUGGACCCGGUAACGGCUCUAAACCCGGGUCUGGUAUACGACAUCAACGUGGAUGAUUACCUAAAUUUCUUGUGUGCAUCCGAAUACACUCCGUCUCAAAUCAACACUCUGGCCAGAAGAAACUUCAGUUGCGACUCCGGCAAGAAAUUCAGCGUCAGAGAUCUGAAUUACCCUUCCUUCGCUGUUUCUUUUGUCCCACAAACUGCUGAGGGCGGUGGAAGCUCGGCAAUCAAGUACACGAGAACGCUCACCAACGUGGGCGAAGCCGGAACGUACAGAGUCUCUGUUAAUGUAGGAAGCGGCAAUUCGGUCAAGGUGUCGGUGGAGCCGGAAACCUUAAGCUUCAGUGAGAUGAACGAGAAGAAAUCGUACACUGUAACUUUCACCGCUCCGGCAAUGGAGUCUUCUGCCAAGAACGUUUUCGGAAGAAUCGAAUGGGCGGAUGGGAAGCAUGUUGUGGGAAGUCCGUUCGCAAUUUCUUUGUCAUAGUGAAUAGGAAUGUAACAUUCGUAUUUCUAGUCCUUAAUAAUAAUAAUUCCCUCCCUUCCUUAUUACGGAGUAGUUGUUUCUAUAAAAUGUCAUAAUGAAAUUGGCAAGUAGUUAGGAAUGGGUGAAUGGCAUUGCCCAUUUUAGGGCAUUACUCCGCGCACCUACAAAAUUACUAUGCGCACCCUGUUUUGACAAAAGUGUCCCUAGUUUAAGUUUUUGUUUUACGGAAUAGUAUAAUCCAUGCGCUUGUUAUACGGAGUCCUGCCGACUGUGUAUGUACUAGGGCUGAGACC